AUGAGUAGUACGCCGUUAACUGCAGUCCCGGCUGCCCCGGCCUCACGUGUUGCUCCUGACAGCCCUAACGAUGAAAAUGUAGAUAGAGAUGCUGUUGCUCGUAUAGUAAAAGGUGUUGGUGAGGGAUGGUGUUGUCAUUUGGCCAAUAACUCAAUUGCUCUGUUCAUUCCAUCUAAAUUGUUUGACAUCACUUUAUCGCGUGAGCAUUUUGUCAAUCUUCUUGAAUACUGUGAAGAACAUCUUAAAGUCAAACGUGUUUUGGCUUGUUUUGACAAAUCGGAGAUUGACCCUCGUGAGGGGAUUCCACGCGCUCUCAAAUGUAUUGGCUUCUCCGUUCUUCCACCAAAUCGUUUUCCAAAUUGGCUUGAUCCGAAAACAACUUUUGCAAUGGUUUAUACAAUCUAAACAUGGAGAACUUUUUUAAAAAGCCUAACUUGGGAGAUGAUAUUUUCUUUGAUAUAAGGCACAGCCCCCGGUAAUAUUGAACGUGACAGACCCCCUUUUUUCCUCCCCAAGUUUUACCCUGUAUUUUCACAGAAUGGUCAGACUUUUUCCUUUCUCCCUUCCCAAUUGCCUUUCUAUAAAUCCUACAAUCAAUCGUAAACAACAGUUUUUCCUUGAUUCCUUCCCAAUUGCCAAAAGCUGUUCCAUUUUUUUAUAAAUUGAGAACAAAAUUAAUACUCCUCUUACUUUUUUUGCAUAUACUUUCACUUGUAUAAAAUUAAAUAAUCCUUU